UGAGAUAUGGUGGCAGGUGGUUCAAGAAUAUAUAUGUGGAUAUAAAAAUCUUAAUUCAUAAAACUAUUAUUUUGAAUUUCUUAAUUUAUUUUUUAAAAUUUCGAAUCUUUUGUAUUUUGUACAAUUUAUUUAUAAAAUAAUUCUUAUCAUUUCAAACGAUAUUGUGUAUUCGUGUUUCACUGACAGAAAAAUAUUGGACUAUGGCGGCUCUUAAACGAAUACUCAACUUAUCUAAAACGAUUAAAACUAUAACAAGUACGUUUCGUCUUUGCGUUCAAACAUCGAAAAAGACUUAUUUUACAUACGUAAAUGAACCUUCUAUGCCAAUAUUAGACAAGGAACCGUGCUGGGUCAAGACUGCUGAUGAAGCUAUUGAAAAAGCAAAUUUAGAUUCAGAUCAGCUUGUAUUCGUUCAGGGUGCAGCGGCAACACCAAUUGAAUUAUUAAGGGCAAUGACCGAUUAUGGCGUUCGAUCUGAUGUGAGAAAUGUACGAUUAUGUCACAUGCAUCUCGAAGGUCCUGCACCAUUCGCUAAAGCAGAAAAUGCAAAACAUUUUAAGUCCGUCAGCUUUUUCAUUGGAGGUAAUGUAAGAGCAGCUGUUAAUGCAGGACAUGCCGAUUGCAUUCCAAUUUUAUUACAUGAAAUCCCACGAGUGUUUGAAGAAAAAUAUCUUAAACCUGACAUUGCUCUUGUACAAGUUUGUCCUCCUGAUGAUAAAGGAUACUGUUCAUUGGGUACUAGCGUAGAUUGUGUACGAUCCGCGUUGAGCCAUGCAAAGUACAUCGUAGCAUUAGUAAACAAGCAUAUGCCUAGAACGUUUGGCGAUGCAUCGAUUCAUGUCAGCCAUUUAGAUUUUGCCGUCGAGCAUCACACACCACUUCCAGUACAUCCUUCACAUCCACCAUCAAAAGAAGAACAACAAAUUGGUAAAUAUAUUGCCGAAAAUUUAGUAGAAAAUGGAGCCACUAUGCAAAUGGGUAUUGGAAGCAUACCAGAUGCGGUAUUAUCCUUUCUGGGUAAUCAUAAAAAUCUUGGAAUUCAUAGUGAAAUGUUUAGCGAUGGUGUAGUAGAUCUAGUAAAUAAGGGAUGUAUAACAAAUAAUUGCAAACCAAUGCACAAAGGUAGAAUUGUUGGUUCAUUUUGCAUUGGUUCAGAAAAGUUAUAUGAUUUUAUGCAUGAUAAUCCUUUUAUAGAAAUGUUGGCAGUGAAUUAUGUAAAUAAUCCACAAAUAGUAGCCAAACAAGCGAAGAUGACUGCUAUUAAUUCGUGUAUAGAAGUUGAUAUCACUGGACAAAUUUGUGCAGAUAGUAUUGGAACCAGAAUGUAUUCUGGAUUUGGAGGACAAUUAGAUUUCGUUAUAGGUGCAGCUCUUAGUAACGAUCGUCAAGGAAAAUCUAUCAUUGCACUACAAUCUAUUACCUCAAAGGGUGAAAGUAAAAUUCAACCCGUUUUAAAAUUAGGUUCUGGUGUUGUUACAAAUAGAGCAAUUGUUCGAUAUGUUGUCACAGAAUAUGGAAUUGCUAGUUUAUUUGGUAAAAGUCUUCAACAGCGAUCAUAUGAACUAAUUCAAAUUGCCCAUCCUGAUCAUAGAGAAGCGUUAGAAAAAGCAGCUUUUGAACGUUUAAAAAUGAUGCCAGCGCCAUAAACAUUUUACUAAAAAUAAUAUUUAAAGGAUUUUUUUAAAUAGAAUUUCAUGAUAGUUCUUAUAAGCACAAAUAACUGCGUGCAUCAAGCAAAACUAUCGUAAAUUAUUUCAUAAUUAUGUACGAUAUAUACUUUUUUAUUGAACAUAAUAACAUAAAGUCAGAGAAAAAAUAUCAAAAAUAGAAUUUUAACAUCAUUUUAUAGCAAACUGUAUUUUGAAUAAGUAUAAUUUUUAUUUUAAGUGAAUAAAAAAUAUUCAUCACCAAAAUAAGAAUGAAAAAACUUUCAUUUUAAACGAGUUACAGAUACAAUCAAAAUGUGAUUAACAAUAACUAAAACAGUAUAUGAUAACAAAUACCUUUUACAUAAAAUUUGAGAACGUUUCCAUA